AUGGAGAAUACUCAACUUGCCAGAAAAGUUGCUCGAGACAAGAGAGAAUUUGAUAACACUUAUCAUCCUGGAUUGGAUGCUGCGGAUCUCGUUCACUUUGUUCAUGACCUCAAAAUCUCCGAGCCAGAAAGCAUUCCAAAAGCCGAAGGAUAUGAAGACCCCCGAGAUAUAGACUCCGAAAGGGUCUUGUGUCAUAACUGCGGCUGGACCGGCGGUAACGAAACUAGCAGCUACUACACCUCGCGUCUCAAAGUCAUGUAUGCUCACCGCAACUCCUGUAUCUGGGAACUAAGUAAAGGCGGCCCAUGGCUCUUGAAAGACUACCCUAAUCAGCCUCAAUCGCCUUGCGUGAAGGAUUACGUUGCCCGCCAGUUCGUGCGGGAGAAGGCACCAAGCGUUCCUAUUCCUGAAUCAUUCAAAUUCGAUGGCGUGGACAACAAGUUUACUUUCGAAAUGAUGGCUCGUGCUAAGGGGGUCCGAUUCAGCGAGGCGAUAGAUAAUGGUCUUUCCGAUCAAGACAAUCUGGAUGUGAACUUAGACCUCGCAGAACACAUAAAACAAUGGCGCAAGAUCACUAGUCCCCGAAUGGGAGGUAUAAACGGCACAGAGCUGUUGGACUCGUUGAUCGGCAAUUGUACGGGUUGGGGCUGUAUUAAUACAGGUGCCAAUGAGGAAGAUUGGUUGGAAAAUCUCACUCCGGGACUCAAAAAGGGAUUGUUGUGGCCAAGUUUCAGACAUAAAGAAUGGCGCGAAAAAGAUGAGGCAGUCCUAGAAUCUUGGAGUAAAAAAGCAGACGAAGAGAUCGCCGAGCUCAAGGCAAACUUCCCAAAAGGUGGACCAUACGUGUUAACUCACUGUGAUCUCAACGCCGACAAUAUCUUUAUCUCAAAUGACAACAAGGAGAACAAGUGGAAGGUUUCGGCAAUUAUUGACUGGGAACUUGCUGGAUUUUACCCUUGGUGGGUUGAAGUAUUUAGGGGAGACUUUUGGGGGGUCCUGAGCGACACAUUUCUCACGGAAACCGAAUCUGAGAAACUCAAGAAUAUUCGGGAGCCUGUCGAAAAGGUCAGGCAAAUGUGGGAGUAUGGCGGUGGCAUUAGUAGCUCGAGUAAGCAUGGAUUAGAUGCCAACAACUGGUUUCGUAAACCAUUUUGUGCAUGUUACCCACAUGUUGGUAAUCUAAAGGAGAAUAUGUUAGGAUUGGAUGAUCAGGGACAUCUUGAUAUAUUUGAUGUUGACUCCGAGGUUUCGGAUUCGGAGUUUGAUGAAGAAGCGGAUAAGGACAAACAUUUUGACAGGCGAGCUAGAUUGUUUCAAAGAUGGAUCAACAAGAUAAGCAAAAAGACUGCAGAAGAGUAG